AUGCGGAGUAGAUCAGCGGCGAUCGCUGCGUGUGUGGCGCUUCUCGCGCUCUCCUCGUGUGCAGUUGACGCCAAGGUAAAGCACGGCUCGAAGUCUGCAACAGCUAAGGCGAUAGUGUUUUUCCCCCCCCCUGUUUCCUUUCUCCUUCUUUCCGUUACAGCUUGCUCUGCUGAACUUCUCUAUCCCUCUCACCUUGCGCACCACUCAACGUCCCCCGCCCCACAGACAGUGGUGUCGGUGGGGCUGGAAAAGGGGCGAUCCAGUGUGAAUCCAUGGAGCCUUGGCGUUGACAAGUGGACUCCUCCAACCGUGAGGCCUGGCACAUUCCUUCUUUUCCGGUGGAUGGACGCAGAACGAGAUGUACAGCAAUUCCCAGAUAAAGACAGCUUCGAUUCGUGCAACUUCUACAGUGCAGAUCCCUUGGGUCCUCCCAGAAAAGUGGGCCUGGACGUGUAUUUGGUGAGGAGGGCUGAACGAGGCACGACUCUGUAUUUUGGGAGCAGAGUAGGGUCAGACUGCUUCGACGGGCUCAAGGUGGCCAUUCCUCUUUAUUUCGAGCCCGCCAUGCCGUCGCAUCGCUAUCGCGUGUUUCUUCGAGCGGGGAUAUCGGAGGAGCAUAAAGAGGAUGUUCUGCGAAGCUUCUUCGAGAAGUUCGGGACCGUGAUCGACGUGUACGUGCCGCGCGAUCCGUUCACCGGCACGUUGAAGGGCAUCGCGUUCAUCUCUUUCGAAGAAGAGGAAGCCGUCAAAGCCGCAGUGGAGAAUGACUCUUACGAGAUCUGCGGCGUGACCAUUCCCAUAACAAAAGCCGAACCUCGAGGACCAGAGCAGUCGUCCCGCCGCCGAGCCUACAACGACGACCGACCCUCCCACCGAGCCUACCCCCCGUCUUCUCUAGCCAUGGCAGCCGCAGCAGCACCCCGAGGCUCUCUAGGUUCGGCAGGCUUGGAUUACUACUCAGUGACUCCUCUAGUCUCGUCUGGCGGCUAUGGUGCCGCACUAGGUUCGGGAUAUGGAGGCGGGUAUAUACUGUCGAAUGCUAUGGAGGGGUAUGGGCGGAGCGGAGGCGGGGGAGGCGGAGGGGGAGGCGGAAGCGGAGGGGGAGGGGGAGGGUUUGAGGACGAGUUUCGGAUCUUUGUGGGGGGCGUGGCGGAGGAGAUUAGCGAGCAAGACGUGAAGGAGCACUUCGAACAGUACGGCACGGUGGAGGACGUGUACUUCCCCAAGGACAGGGCCUCUGGCACUCGGCGCGGGUUCUGUUAUGUGCGCUUCAACACCUUUGCAGCGGCGGACAGCGCGUGCGCGCGCAGCCAGCGCAUGAUCAAGGGCGCGCCCCUCCACGAGAUCCGCAUGGCGCAGCCCCGCCCGCCCCUGCUCGCGGGGGGACGGGGAGGGGAUGGGCGGAGAGGCGGGGGCGGGGGAGGAGGGGGUGGAGGAGGGGGAGGAGGAGGUAGUGGGGGAUACGGGGGGUAUGGUGGUGGGUAUGGUGGUGGUGGUGGAGGGGGGGGAGGGGGAGGAGGGGGAUAUGGGGGCGGGUAUGGGGGUGGUUAUGGUUACAGGGAUGAGGGGAGGGAGAGGGAUUAUGAGAGGGGGGGAGGAGAGGGGCGGAAUGGGGACGGCGGGGGUCGCUCGCGGUACCGGCCAUAUUGA